AUGGCAGGCUCCGAUCCUAUAGACGUCAACGUUGUGCCCGUCAGUGGCAGCAACAGUAACAGCGACACUGAGCACGACAGAAGUAAUACGAACCACCCAGAUGCGCCUCUCGAGUCCAAUUCUCGCUUAGAAGUCGACGAUAGCGACCCUCCAACCCCACGCUUCAUACAGGACGAGAGCUCGUGGAAGCGAUGGAAAUGGGUUCCCUACCCUGUUCGACGAAGCGUCAACUGGAUCGCCAAAUGGUCCCAUGGGCCUACAAAUCCCCAGCCCUAUCGCAUAAAGCCACUCUUCCCCAUCGUACAAGAAUACCCCGUUUUUCUCGUCGAGCGCUUUCUACCUAGACGAAAACAUCGCCUUUGGCUUGUGUUUUUCUAUCUGUCCAUCUGGAUCGUCACUUUUGCCCUCGUUAAGCGCCGAGACUCAGUCGCGAGUGAGAUUGAAGGAUGGGGUAUGCCUCAGACCAUCGGGUGCGGCGUUUCAUACUGGGGUAGAGGCAACACAUGCGGUUUGGAUGGGACCGAUUGCCGUCCUUUCAACGGCAGCGGAUUUCCGUUCAGAUGCAGGGCCAAUUGUGAGAGCUACCAUGUUCUCAACCCUCGAGCGGUUGGGAAUCAAGAAGUCAUCUAUGCGCCCAUGGUCGUAGGUGGUCCUGGAACCAACGGAUCUGACGAGCCGGUUUAUCGCGGGGAUUCGUUCGUAUGUGCGGCUGCUAUUCAUGCUGGCGUUAUUUCUAACGAGAACGGUGGUUGUGGUGUGGUUGAGUUGAUCGGUCGCGAUCAAGAAUACACUGCCUCUAAGCAUCAUGGAAUCUCAAGCGUGGGGUUCGACUCAUACUUUCCCUUGUCCUUCCGCUUCGCGCCCGAUGUAACUUGUUCCUCUAGCGACUCGCGAUGGGAACUUUUGGCUGUCUCGACCGUCUUCACGGGAGUUCUAUCUCUCUUUACCAAUUCGCCAGCCUUGUUCUUUUUCUCUGUCUUUACGGGCAUUUUCUGGACUGUGGGCAUGGCGCUUGAUCCGCCCCCACAUGCUUCAGUUGCGGCAUUGUUCUCCAACUUGAUCGGCAAAUUUCUACCUGCCAUGUUUUGUGCAUGGGUCAUGUAUGACAAGAUGGGUGUCCGUCGUACCCUUCGUGGUCUCACGGCCCAGAUCGAAAAGACCAUCUUGUGGUUGGGCGGUUGCUGGGUUGGGGGUAUGGAGAACUAUACCCUCAGUUUCAUUCCCAUCCAGCGACUGAACAAGCACGAUCUGGACCAGCAGCCAGGCGCUAGGGCUGCUCUGGCUAUCAUUAUAAUUUUGCUGGCAGCGAUUAUUACCUCACAAGUGUGGUUUUUUAGGCAAGAAGGACGCCUGAUCAAGUACCUCAAGCUCUACGCGCUUUUCGUGGGGGCCAUUGUUAUCUCACUUACCAUUCCAGGGCUCAGUCUGCGGAUACACCAUUAUAUCAUUGCUCUCCUGCUUCUCCCUGGAACGGGCAUGCAGACACGACCAUCCUUGCUAUACCAAGGAAUCCUCGUUGGUCUUUUUAUCAGUGGUAUUGCUCGAUGGGGAUUUGAUCCAGUACUACAAACAUCUGCAGCCUUACAGGGGGACGCUCAAAAAGGCUCCCGACUGCCCACGAUUCCAACUCCGGUAAUCAAUCUCGGCAUUGGAACUGACGCCGUAUCAAACAUCACUUUCAACUGGAACGAGCCGCCGGCCCAGUUGUACGACGGCAUUAGCAUCCUUGUCAACGAUGUGGAGCGUUUUCGCACGUAUUUCGGCGAUGUAGACGCCAAGCGUGAAUUUGUCUGGAGUAGAAACAGCAGCUUGAACCUGCCAGAAUAUUUCCGUUUUGCAUACAUGGAUGGAAGUGAUAGCGGAGAUUAUACAAAGGCUGGUAUCUGGACGCCGGACGGCGAGUGGACCAAGAUGAAGCCCGGUCCGUCGCGGGUCAAAGCCCGGAGUUUAGAUAAGGAUGGUUUGGUUCAGCGAACAUGA